AUGAGUGCCAUUUCUCGCCUGCUCCGUUGGGCUCCCUGCUUCUGGGCCAUUUCCAAGGUCGCCAACAGCUCGGGCCAUGUGCAGCGCUCCCAGGUGGUCCACCCGCAGUUCCCCUCGCACGAGCGAAACGGUCCGCUGGAAGUGCUUAAUUCACUAAGCUUCGCAGCACGCACAGUGGUGCGCAAUGCUCAUAUCGCCAGGGCAACUCUCGUUCCAAGCGUACCUCGAGCGCUCGAAGCUAACGUCAACGCUGCCAGAAACGCGCUGCCGCAUUAG